AUGCCCGUGGUGCCAUACCAACUCUUUCACGAGAAGGAUGUGACCCUAGUCUGUAUCAUCUCCGCAGCAACAGGUGCAGCGCUCUACGCCUGCUUCUACUUCGCCGGCAUCUACUUCACGCUCGUUGAAGGUUUCGACGCUGGAAAAGCUGGGCUUCAGCUCCUGUUCUACGUUCCCGGGAUCGGUAUCGGCGUAUACACUGCCAUCAUCAUGUGCAACGUAUAUCCUAGGCAGACCCUCUGGCCCCUACUGAUCGGCACAAUCGUAGAAACAGGUAGCAUUGGAGCACUCUCUUGGGCUAUACGCGCUCGCCAGAGGACCGCUGUCAACGUGCUCAUGGGUGUCGCCGGGUUCGGUACUGGGAUCCGCUUUAUGCCAGAGAACCUGCACCUGACAGGAAUGUACCGAGACAAGAUCGCCGUCAUUCUUGGCCUUUUGAGCUUCGCUGGUCCUUUCGGUGGAACCAUAACUUUGACGGUGAUGGGCUCGGUCUUCCAGAACAAGAUGUCGGCCUACUUCAUCGGUAGCGAAGAAGGAUCAUCUAGAUUCGACGUCAACUCGCCUACCGCAUUGAAUGCUAUUAGCGACGUUUCGUUGGAAGAUCUGGAGCGCUUCCGAUCUGCUGCUGCCAAUGCUAUCAGCUGGUCGUUCAUCUCCAUUUUACCAUUUUUAGCCCUCAGCAUCCUCGCUGCGUCAAUGCUCGGCAACGUCUGGAUAUGCAAGGACAAGAAAGCGAUGAAGGCGACAUCUCCCAGCGACCCGACAGUGAAUACGGACGUAGCGCUGCAAGAUCAGACGCAGAGUGUGCAGCGGGAUGGAAGGCCGGAGGUGCUGACCGGAAUCUACCUUUACGCUGUAUUGAGAGGAACAGUAGCUUCAGAGCGGCACUUGGGCCCGCUGGAGGUGCGGUUAGAUCGUCACAAGGAGAAGAAAGACAGCAGGGAGAGUGCUUCGCUAUGA